AUGUCGGUCGAUAUACAGCAACGUCAAGCUCGGAAUAUCGGAUUUGGGGCUUUUAUCCUCCUCAUAAUUAUUUGGACAGUCAAACUCUCCAGUCCGAACCACGAUGCCAUCAACUUUUAUUCGAAUCACACGAAAAGUCUUAACUCAUCCAAACUAGCAUUUUCCCUUCCAAAUUUGUUCUCUGGGGACAAUUCAAAUGCUACAACACAAGCGAAUCUUGUAACGGAUGAAUUUGGAGAUUACUUCAACGGAACAAUUUUCAAUAAAGUGGCGGUGAUAAUAGAAGAUAGCUAUCGUCCCGAUGUUAUACCUCUAGUCCUGCACUUUGGCAGUGUCCUCGGUCCAACAUGGCCCAUACUUAUAUAUACUUCAAUCGAAGACGUUGCUCGGUUUUCCACCUCUGCGGCACUCUCGCGAUACCUUAAACAAGGUCUCAUUCAAAUUCGAAAUCUCCCACAAACCGUUCUUUUCACAGACCUCAAAGCAAGAAACAAAUUCAUGACAGAUACAUGGUUAUGGGAGAACCUCGCACCGGCAGAGCACAUCCUACUUUUUGAUAGCGAUAGUAUGUUGUGUUCUAAUGCUGCAACGAGCGUGGAUGAUUUCUUUGCUUAUGACUUGGUUGGAACGCCUGUCAAGGAUAAGGGUCAUAGGGGAGGAUUGAGCAUGAGGAAAAGGAGUAGCAUGUUGAGGGAUAGAGGACGAGAAGAAAAGAAAAGAAGAGAAAAAAAGAAGGAGGAAGAGCAGAAGAAAAAGGAAGAAGCUCAGAAGAAGAAAUCGGAGGAAGAAAAGAAGAAGAAAAUGGACCAGGAAAUCAAGAAGAAGCUGGAAGACGAGAGAAAUAAAUCAGAGGUGGAAAAUCAAGAGGUCACCAAGAAAGAAGAGAAAGGCAAGCAAGUUGAUAAGGAAGCGCAGGUGAACGGAAAUCGAAAGGAGAAUGUGAAGCAGAACAGCAAGAGAGAGAAGAAGGAGGAAGAGGAAGAACCAGAGGAAGAAUUGGCAGAAGAUCGAUGGUAUCAAGAAAAAUUACGGAAGCUACAAGGCGACGAAGAAAAUAUUGGCAUUGAUCCAGAAGAAGAUGGCGCAGUCAAUAUGCCCACCGAAGAAGUCACACGUACAUUCAGUGUUGAAUCAAUCGACUACCCACACCCAUUGGGACUACAUCGCGUACACAAGUGGAAAGAGGACCAGAUGGAUAAAUUACUUGAUUGGUGUCCGGAAUAUAGAUUAUGUUCUGUAUCGCAUCACGGGAAGGAGUUUCCAACUUUUGCAAAUGGAGGAGUGGGAUGGUAA